GACGCUUGGGCAACUCUCGCAUGCGCGCCUGGUGUCGAGGCGGUCGUGGCUGCGUGGGGGUUCUCGUGCACAAUGGCGGAGUCGCUGGACGUGUCAUGCAGCGCCGCAGCCGAUGGACCGUGGCGGCUUGGCCGUUGCCUGCUUCGCCGCCGCGCCUUUUGUUGACGCGACCGCACCAGACGGGAGCAGCUGGCCGUGCCGCCUUGCUGGAGCAGAUCCGAGCCUUCGAGGCAGGGUGUUGGCACGAAUUGCUGGAUGCGGCGCCGCCUCCGGAUCGACGCCCGCAGCGAUCCACAGGCACUGACGUUGGGCGGUUGCGUCAGUGCGCUUGCGCGCAAGUACGCCGCGGUCACUUGUCGCGGGCGCGCCAGACGCUCACCAGCGCUCCCUUGGCACCAGGCAAUGCUGCUACGUUACGCAGCCUUUCGGACCCCGACAAGCGACCGCCCCGCCCGCGCCAGCGGAUGCCGGACGACAUAGCCAGCUUCUUUGCAGCAGACCCUGUCCGCCUCACUGCAGCUGAGUUGGGUGAAGCUUUGCGCACGGCUAAGCGCGGCAGCGCUGCGGGCUUGUGCGGGGCAACGGUGGAACACUAUCGCUUGCUGCUGGAGGACGAAGAGGCGUACCAGUGGGAUUCCAUGCUUCAAAACUUCUCUCGAUGGAAACGAUGUGAGAACUGGCAAUUUGAAGCCCAAGACGAGGUUGCGCCAGCCCUCAUCCCGCAUGUGCGGGCAUGGUACGGCGGCACCUCCAUGUAUUUGUGGUGGGGCGCCGUUGUUUGCGCCGCGCCCCGCGGAGCAAGUCGUCCUACUCCGGGCGCGCACUCCACCUUUCGGCGAGCAACCUGUUUUCCGCUGCCGCAGCUGCCCGCAAGCAAGGCGCAGUCGACCCGCCGCCAAGAGCGAGUUCUUGCGCGUAUCUACGAGCGGCCUCCGGGCAUCUUUGCAACAUUACCGAGAGCACUUUCGCCCAAGCCGCCCAGUAGGCCGCGGGGGCUGUCGCUCCGCGCUGGCUACACCGAGUGCCGCGGGGAGGAAGGCGAUUUCGCGCGCCGCUACCCUGAACUGGCCGGCCCGGGCCCGCAACGCCUCGUCGUCCUGGUUGCGGAGGUCUGCGGACGAUGGGGGCAAGAGGCGCACGACCUCAUCCGCAGCCUCGCGCAGCUCCCUGCGCGCGCCGCGGGCACUGCGUGCGGCUGCCCGCGCAGGGUGGGAGCGCCGUUGGUGGGGGCAGCUCGGAUGCGCGUUGCAGCGAGCCUUGGCCUCGAUGCUGUUGGGCGGUUGCUGGCGAGCGCCGGCGCAGCCUACCGGCGACGAGCACACACCGCUCCGGUUGCCCUUGCGUGCGUGAUGCGCAUGAGCUUGCUGCGAUCGGCGGCUGUUGGGGCCCGUUUUGAGACUCCUCCGCCACCAAGCCGCGUUGCGGCAGAUGGAUGGGAUGCUACACCUUUGGCACCCACUGCAAGCCGACCCCCGAUUUCCUCCCCGCAUACCGUGUGCUCCUCGCCGGGUGAGGUGGCUCCUACUACCCCGCCGUGGCUGCUGGGCCCCGACACCCCCGUGCCCCCAGCAUGCCCUUCUGCCGAUGCCUGCCCGGUGUGCAUUUGCGAUGUCCACGCAAGUGGACAGGGCCCUGAGACGCCCUUUGCCUGGCCCAAUUGCCAGCACCGCCUACACCUUGGUUGCCUGGCUCACCUCGCCGCCAAUGUGCAUCCGUUGCGCUGCCCAGCCUGCCGAGCCGACUGGCCUCCACAAGCAGCAGAGGCGUUCCUGGAUGCCUGCCGUGCACAUUGGGUGGCACUGCCCAGCCCAGCGCCGGAGCACGACACCACCUCGGCCAGCCACCGCGAAACACUUGCCCCACGCCCACCGCAACAUGUAUUGCCCUUGUGUUGCCCGCGCAUCUACUUGGCGGAUCCGGCGCGGGCCGAAUCGCCAGAAGCGUGGCGGGAGUUGCCGGACCGCCACAUGCAUUGGGCACCAGUUCACCGCAGGCAGGAAAACGCGUGGACCCCGGAGUGGACUUGCCUGCGUUGCAACACCUCUGUAGAUGGCCCCCGCCCCCUCUUGCAAGACAUUCCCGACCAACCAGAGCGGCCGUCACCCGACCCGCCAACCAGCAACCAGACCUGGUACGCGCGUGGCCCACCUCCCGCAAGCCAAGCCGCCGGCCUUACGCACAGCUGGCUGUUUGUUCCGUUGCUGCAUGCGGCCGUCGGCCGGCUACACCCGCAAAGUGCACAACAAUGGGCGAGCCAUGCAACACUUGGCGACAUGUGGAUGCGCUCCCUUCAGGCUCUCCGCUCGGCCGGUCCGGUGCCGCCUCACUCACUGACCCACGUGAUGCACGUGUUGCAACAGGUCGCAUCCGGCGAAGGUCGCCCGGUGCCUGUGCAGGAAGCCCAGUUGCUCCUCAGCCUUGCGGCCGCCGCUAAUGCGCUGCCUGCAUCUACGAUGGUGCACCUACCAUGGGCAUGGGGCCAGGUCGUCCUGCCUGACGGGUACAUCCCAGCCACCGCGCAGGAAGCAUCACUCCACGCGUACUUGGGGGAACCUGCCGCAGCUCAGCUUGUGCACCAGGUCGCACUUGCACAGGGCCCACCCGAGCCUGGUCCGCAACCGGCGCCCACCCACUCGCACCCGAGCCGGGUCCGCAACCGGCGCCCACCCCCUCGCAGCCUGCUCCGCAAGCACCGCCAACCGACUCGCCUCGCGAUUCCAGCUCCGAAACCGGGUCCUCCAGCAGCCCCAGCUCUGUGUCUAGCUCCGGUUGCGCCGCUUCUGCUGUGUCACAUGCUGUACCACACCAACCUCGUGGCGAUGGCCAACCGCGGGCCGCCCCACAAGCCGUGCCCCCUGACCCGGCUGACUCGUGCCCACGCUUGCUGGAUGCGGACUUGCGCGGCCAUGCGCGGCCCACGUUUCCGUGACGCACUCAUUGCAUUGGACCGCUACGAUGCGUCCGACGUGUUGAGUCAGCCCUCCGCCCUCUUUCGCGUGCCGCCCACCUUCAUCCGGGGGCAGAUGCGACAGGCUCUCCAAUGCGCGUUGGCCAGCAUUGACGCGUGCUCCGACCCCAGUAGCCUCGACGCCGAACGUGCUUGGAAGCUCUGGUUGUUCCUUCCGCGCAUGUUGCUCCACCGCCCGGGCGGGGCAUCGCGCAUACCCAAACCUGCACUCAGGGCCAGGUUCCAGCAGUUCUUUCAGGGGGAUUGGCCCGCACUGCUUGAUGAAGCGUUAGCCGGAACCGUCCCCCAGCAGCCCACCCGCCAGCCCAAUGAUGAUGCGCGCGCUGACCCUGCUGUUCAUCUCGCGCACCUCGGCGAAUUGUCAGCUGCCCGCCAGGCAUUACUCGCCAAGCCCCUCGCUGCAGGGGAAGGCGCCUGGUUGCCCGAACCUUGGCUCAGCAUUUCGCCCAUGUUUUUGAUUCGGCCACGCGACCCCAUCAGUAUGCACUGGCUACACGCGCUGGCACGGAGGCCUUCGCGCACAGCCUGCAGUUAG